GUGUGUACCCUACAUCACUCUCUCCAGGUGUGUACCCUGCAUCACUCUCUCCAGGUGUGUACCCUUCAUCACUCUCUCCAGGUGUGUACCCUACAUCACUCUCCUCAGGUGUGUACCCUACAUCACUCUCUCCAGCUGUGUACCCUGCAUCACUCUCUCCAGGUGUGUACCCUGCAUCACUCUCUCCAGGUGUGUACCCUACAUCACUCUCUCCAGGUGUGUACCCUACAUCACUCUCUCCAGCUGUGUACCCUGCAUCACUCUCUCCAGAUGUGUACCCUACACCACUCUCUCCAGAUGUGUACCCUACACCACUCUCUCCAGGUGUGUACCCUGCAUCACUCUCUCCAUGUGUGUACCUUACAACACUCUCUCCAGGUGUGUACCCGGCAUCAAUCUCUCCAAGUGUGUACCCUACACCACUCUCUCCAGGUGUGUACCCUGCAUCACUCUCUCCAGGUGUGUACCCUGCAUCACUCUCUCCAGGUGUGUACCCUGCAUCACUCUCUCGAGGUGUGUACCCUGCAUCACUCUCUCCAGAUGUGUACCCUACACCACUCUCUCCAGCUGUGUACCCUACACCACUCUCUCCAGGUGUGUACCCUACAUCACUCUCUCCAGGUGUGUACCCUACAUCACUCUCUCCAGGUGUGUACCCUGCAUCACUCUCUCCAGCUGUGUACCCUGCAUCACUCUCUCCAGAUGUGUACCCUACACCACUCUCUCCAGGUGUGUACCCUACACCACUCUCUCCAGGUGUGUACCCUGCAUCACUCUCUCCAGGUGUGUACCCUGCAUCACUCUCUCCAGGUGUGUACCCUGCAUCACUCUCUCCAAGUGUGUACCCUACACCACUCUCUCCAGGUGUGUACCCUACAUCACUCUCUCCAGGUGUGUACCCUACACCACUCUCUUUAGGUGUGUACCCUACAUCACUCUCUCCAGGUGUGUACCCUACAUCACUCUCUCCAGGUGUGUACCCUACAUCACUCUCUCCAGAUGUGUACCCUGCAUCACUCUCUCCUGGUGUGUACCCUACAUCACUCUCUCCAGGUGUGUAA